UGUCGGAUCAGUUGAGGUGAUGACUGCACACACUUAUAGCAUAUGAUUGGUUAAGUGACAGAUGUCAGCACUGAUGGUUUGGUCGACCACUUGUUGGCAUUAAUUCAAAUGAUUUGAAUAACGAUUAUUAUCCAUCGAUGGCAUUGAUGACCAGUUUAUUGUCAAAUAGUGGCAAAUAUUUGCCACAAGUAUUGCGUGUCUUUUGCCGACAGACUACCAGAUGUUUGUCAGCGACGGCAACGCAAAACAAGACAAAUGAAACGAUUAACAUAAGUGAUGUCGGCAUUGAAGACAUCGGCGAUUUGGUCAACGGUCUCACUAAUGAACAGAUGGAUUUGAGGUCAACAGUGCGAAAGUUUACCGAAAAAGAGUUGACUGAAAAUGUUGUGCAACAGAUGGACAAAGAUAGUCAUUGGGAUCAGUUUAGACAGUUCUGGACCAAACUCGGCUCAAUGGGUCUGUUAGGAGUGACCGCUGAGGCUAAGUAUGGCGGACUUGAGUUGGGCUACUUUGAGCACUGCCUCGUCAUGGAAGAGAUCAGUAGAUGCGGUGCUGCCAUUGGUCUGUCAUACGGAGCGCACAGUAAUCUCUGCGUCAAUCAGUUGACACUCAACGGCAAUGAAGAACAGAAACAGAAAUAUUUGCCGAAACUAAUUGACGGCUCUUAUGUGGGCUCACUGGCCAUGUCUGAAGUGUCGAGUGGUUCCGAUGUUGUCUCCAUGAGAACUAUUGCUGAGAAACAUAAAGACUAUUAUAUACUCAACGGUUCCAAGUUUUGGAUAACCAAUGCAUCGGAAGCCGAUGUGCUGUUUGUUUAUGCAAAGACCAGUGAGCGAGGAAUCACACCAUUUAUUAUAGAGAAAGGUAUGGAAGGCUUCAGUAUUGGCCAGAAGAUUGACAAACUCGGUAUGAGAGGCUCUCCGACGGCCGAAAUAUUGUUUGACAAUUGCAAAGUACCCUUUGAUAAUAUGGUCGGACAGGUGAACAAAGGUGUCUAUGUAUUGAUGAGUGGUCUGGACUACGAACGACUUAUCCUAUCUGGCGGUUCACUCGGUAUAAUGCAAAGUGCCUGCGAAUUGGCUUUCCGUUAUGCUCACCAACGCUCACAAUUUGGACAACCUAUUGGCCAUUUUCAGAUAAUUCAGGCAAAAAUGGCCGAUAUGUAUACAAAUCUGUCUGCUUGUCGUUCAUAUCUCUACAACACCGCCCGUGCCGUUGAUGAAUACAAGCGUAGGACUGGCGGGAAAAUACCGUUAGGUUCGUCGAGUCCUUUCACUAAAGAGUGCGCCGGAGCUAUACUGAAGUUGUCUGAAACGGCAACACAGGUAGCGCUCGACACCAUUCAGAUUAUGGGAGGCAAUGGCUAUUCCAAUGAGUACAGCGCCGGACGUUAUCUACGGGACGCCAAACUGUAUGAAAUUGGCGCCGGAACUCAAGAGAUAAGACGAUGGCUUAUUGGCAGACAAUUGAAUAAAUUAUAUGAAUAAUUGCAAUCAUUUGCAAUCAUUAGUCUGGAUCUGUUAAAUUGAAUACUCUGUUUUUUAUAACUUUUUAUAUAUAUUUUUUUAUUGAUUACCGUUUUAUAGUAUU